GGGGCGACGGCGGUGGGGCGACGGCGACAUGGAGAGCGGGGCCUACGGCGCGGCCAAGGCCGGCGGCUCCUUCGACCUGCGGCGCUUCCUGACGCAGCCGCAGGUGGUGACGCGCGUCGUGUGCCUGGUCUUUGCCUUGAUCGUGUUCUCGUGCAUUUUCGGCGAGGGAUACAGCAACACGCACCAGUCCAGACAGCAGUACUGCAUUUUCAACCACAACCAGGACGCGUGCGGCUACGGCAGCGCCAUCGGGGUGCUGGCCUUCCUGGCCUCGGCCUUCUUCUUGGUGGUGGAUGCCUAUUUCCCCCAGAUCAGCAACGCCACCGACCGCAAAUACCUGGUCAUCGGCGACCUGCUCUUCUCAGCUCUCUGGACCUUCCUGUGGUUCGUUGGCUUCUGCUUCCUUACCAACCAGUGGGCAGCCACCAAGAAGGAAGAUGUGCUGGUGGGGGCCGACUCGGCCCGGGCGGCCAUCACCUUCAGCUUCUUCUCCAUCUUCUCCUGGGGUGCGCUAGCUUCCCUGGCCUACCAGCGUUACAAGGCCGGAGUGGACGACUUCAUCCAGAACUACGUAGACCCCACUCCGGACCCCAGCACGGCCUACGCCUCCUACCCUGGAGCGCCUGUAGACAACUACCAACAGCCGCCCUUCACCCAGAACGCGGAGACCACUGAGGGCUACCAGCCGCCCCCCGUGUACUGAGCUGCAGCCGGGGAUGGUAAGGGAGGCAGGAAAGGUGCUCGGGGGAGGGGGCCUGCCCCCUGGCCUGGACUCCUCCCAGGAGCCUUGCCUCCUGGAGCUGUGGCCCCCUCUCCCGUCCGGUGUGCCCAUGGGAGCCGCCGCACAGCCUGGAGAGCCCCUGCUUUCCCCCUCCCCGGCUGCUGGUGCAGAGCCCCAGCCCCAAGUGCCUCUGCCCCAGGGGCUUCACCCACCACUCCUCGAGGGCAUUUUCUAGAAAAGGGUUUUUAGCCAGAUGUGUUUUGUUACUGCUUUUCAUGACCCCCAGCCACCUGAAAGAGCUGGACGGGCCGACACACCGUUUUGACAAGUGCCUUAGCUUCUCCCCAGCCCAGGCAGGCUCAGGUCCAGGCCAGGGUGGCCAUAGUGACUUGGGGUUCUGUGCCAAAGAGGAGGCUGAGAGCCUUCCCCCCGCUCUGCUGCUGGUGCGGGGCCGGGGCCCCUUUUCCAGCUCACUCAGGUUUGUUUCCCACCUCCUGGCACUGUCGUGCCCGCAGCCCCCUGCCUGCUCUGGGAGCCGGCAGCCCCGGGCUCACUGCUGUUGUGUCUGCUUGCUCCUGGAUCGGGGUCGCUUCCCUGUGCCUGUGCCUCUGGGCGGAUCCUGGUCUGCUCACUGCAGGGGCACCCGGUAGCACUCCCUUCUCCUUAUUCCCACCCCCUAGCAACAGGGAGGGGCUUUGCCUGAUCAGAAACACCCAGCUUUAUGUAAAUAUCCUGCCACUGUUAGGUGUGGGGUGCACCCACGCCCCCCCCACUCCAGGCUGUUCUGAAUGUAUUAAGGAGCCUGGGGCUAAGACAACAGAUCCUUGGUUUUAGUAGACGGAUUCCAAGACAGAAUAAAUGUUUUUCUCAUUCAUAA